AUGAUUACGCCUCGGUUCUCCUGUUCUCAGACGGCCGAGUCCGUCCUCAUCUCGAUCUAUUGCCCUUCAGUCCGCGCCUCGGACGUUGAAGUCAACGUGGACGGCAAUCUAUUCUCCCUCCACAUCAACCCUUAUUUUUUGCGUCUGAACUUCACUCACGGCCUAAUCGAGGAUGAUGCUUCUUCGGCCCAAUAUGAUCCAAGCACAGGCUACCUGACUGUAACACUUACAAAAGAAAUCAAAGGACAGGAAUUUAAGGAUUUAGAUCUAUUGGCUAAAUUGUUGGCUCCGCGGCCGACAGUGCAUGAGCCGUUAAUUGAGGUCAUUUCCUCUGAAAGCACGGCCGAAGACCCAGAUAAUCUCGUUGCUCAAACACAAAACCUCUCAUUGCAGGAACGCGAGAUAGAAGAAGGGGCAAAAAAUGAUUGGCAGCUUUUCCAAGACGUACCACCCGCAGAACAGCCAACGCUGAGGGUCAGCGCUCAAUACGGGUUUCUGGACAUGUACACCGGUUACUUUACAAAUGUUACCUACACCGAAAAUGAGGUCAACGAGCUUGGCUCGGAGGCUGAGGCCCUGACCCGUCUACAACGCCGUCAAAGGCGUAUCAAACACGAGGAUGAAAAAUGGGACGAAGAGUAUUACAUGGCGGACUUUGCCGAACACGAGUACAUCCAAGAGCUCAUACUUUGGACCCAUCCACACUUGUCCGAUAAUGGUACAUUUACAUACACGGAAAAAGAAAACGCCACCAUGCUGAACCUUCCCCGAAAAGAAUAUAUUCUGACUAGAUAUCAAACGUACAGCCUCUAUUUGACUCUGGCUACUGUGCUGUUUUCGUACGCGUAUGACGCGCGUACGACUCAACAUGAUCCGACUCCAGAAAGCGCAUGGACUAUCUGCUCACUAAUAUCGGCCUUCUCCGCCUUAGAUCCACCUCCCUACCAUUCUGAAAUUGUAAACAAUUCGCCGACGCUAGAAUUUUCUUCAGACCAUAUAUCCGCAUCUUUCGUUCCAUCUUACCGGAGAUCCCUCGCUUUUCCCUUGUACCGUUCUUUCGCGCUGGCCGAAAAGUGUCGAGAAGAUGUUGCCAAUCUACUUCUCAGAGGACGACGGACUGUAUUUCGUUGUCUAAUGGAGAUGAAAGACAUUUUAGACCAUCACGAUGUUUACUAUGUGUACAGUAAGAUUUGGCUGGAUGACUUCUGCGUUUGGACGCAGGCGUGUGCUAGCGACGAGGCAUUGACUCGUCUAGGAGGUCUUAUCAAAAACGCAACAAUGACUAAGCAAUCAGUAGGAUGGGAGCUUGAACAAUUGGAAGGUGUCGUUAGGCAGAUACAGGCCGGCGAGCAAAGAGAGCUAGACAGUGACGAUGAGUGA